CCGAACGUCUAGUGAACGUCUGCCGAGCCAAAGAGCGUCUGCCGAACGUCUAGUGAACGUCUGCCGAGCCAAAGAGCGUCUGCCGAACGUCUAGUGAACGUCUGCCGAGCCAAAGAGCGUCUGCCGAACGUCUAGUGAACGUCUGCCGAGCCAAAGAGCGUCUGCCGAACUAAAGAACGUAUGUUAGUAAAGUCGUACAUGUAGACUCGUCCUCUCAUCGGACUCAUUCAGCUCUCAUGUGAACUCUUAAUUGGUAGUCUACGUCACCUUUACCACACCGCAUCUUCCUCCAGGUAUAACUCCUCUCUUUGGUUCCUCAGACUCUGGACCCGUACGACCGGCCCUGGGCUUCCACUCCCACCAAAAUCAGCAAGAACCUGCUGUCGGAAGAGAAGCUGACGAAACCCGCCAAAGGUGGAUCUCUGCUGCAGUUUCUGUGUCUCUUAAUGAAAACAGUGCUAACCAAAGAGACAAAAGACUCACGGAGCUACAGAGGAGACGUCUGUGAUGUCAGUUCAUUAGUGUUUCAUGUGUCCAGUGAAGGCUGCUGUAAAACGUAACGUUCUGCAGUAACUUCUGGCAAGGUGCUGCUCAUUCCCUCAAACAACCGUCCUUAUUUGAUCUGUACACCGUCUCCACGUGUUCUGUAAUCACAUGUCACCUCUCUGACAGGAUCUGGCACACGUCCGACCAGGUAAAACACGAUUGACGUUGGCUUUAUGGCCGCUGUGUGUUUUAAAAAAACGGGCUGCGUGUGUUUUUGCUUCAGGUUCAGAGUUCCUGCUGCCCGUCAGAGGAUUCUUCUGCCUGCUAUGCAAACAGUUUUAUGGAGACGCCAUCUGUGCAGAAGAGCACGUCACCACUCACGCCCACAACGAGAAAUACAAGAAACAAAUGUACCAGAACCCUUUGUAUGAACAGAGGAGGAACCUGGACCGGCAGGCCGGACUGGCCUCCGAGACCAGCGGGAAGAAACGCAAACAUGAGGACGAAGACAAGAGCAACAAGGACGAAAAGUCCAAACACAAAAAGGAGAAAAAGGACAAGGAGAAAAAGAAGGAAGAGUCCGACGCUGUUCAGAAGGAGGGGAAAAUUAAAAAGGAGGAUGCGGAGGCAAAGCCGAGCAAGAAAGAGGAGGAAUUUAAGAAUGCCAAAAGCCUGGAAGAGGAGAGGCCUUCGUACAGCAAUAAAGAUGAGGAUGAAAAGUUUAAAAGCAGCAAGAAGGAUGAUAAAUAUCGCUCCAGCAGAGAGGAAGAGGAGAGGGGUAAACGCAGCAGGAAGGACGACGACGAUCGAUACAAAUACAGAGAAGAGGAAUGUCAGUACCGGUAUCGCAGGGAGGAAGAGGACCGAUAUGACAACCGUCCCAAAUACAGGCCGAGAGAUGCCGAGUAUAAAUACGAUCUGUAUUCAGAUUUCAGAUCCAAACAUGACGAAGGGAAACUUAAGGCUGAGAAGGAAGCUUUUAAAAAGCUUGAGCCAGGAAAACCACCUGGGAAACCAGAUACCAACAAGCCUGAACCUCCGCCGAAGCCCUUCGACCCGCCCAAAAUCCUCUGUGGACCCAGUCCGGCCAUGAGGGCAAAACUCCGCAAGCAGAGUCUGGAAACUGGCAAACCACCACCACCGCCUCCGGCUGCGACCGUGACUCCUACCUUUGGGAAGUUCACAUGGAAGAAGAAAGAGAGUAUUCUGGCGAAGGAGGCAGAGAAAGUUGCCGCAGAGUUCAUCAAAGAAGACGAAGCGGCUGCAAAGCAGAACCCGGUCUCGGCGGAGGAUUCUUUUGCUAAAUCUAUGGCCGUUGCCAAGGAGAUCGCCCACAAGCUCGGGGGCCAGAACACCACGCCUCCUUGGGUGUACAACCGGGCCACCCGGGGAAGGAUCCGGCCUAACCUCCCUGCACCUGCUGCAGUCUUAAGGAAAACCGCCAUGAUGGGUAAACCUGCCCCUCUGAAUACCUUCCUCUCCAUUAAACCCCAAAACACAGGAUUGCUAGGACCUGCUCCGAAAGAACCACCCUUAUUCUCUGACAGUCUCACCAGGGCUCUCAAUGCCCAGAAUACACUGCUGGAAGAUAAACCUCAGCCACCAAGUGGUCCUCCUGGGACAUUCGAGGCAAUGCCUCCACCACCGGUGUCAAGACCUGCACCAUUGGAGGCUAAAGCUCCGCCUCCGGUGUCAAGACCUGCACCAUUGGAGGCUAAACCUGCGCCACCGGUUUCUAAACCUGCGCCGCCGGUUUCUAAACCUGCGCCAAUCGAGGCAAAGCCUGCACAACCAACAAUGAUAAAGAUUGUGUCCGACGUGGCAGCUCCUGGCGUCCCAGAGGGCGAGCAAACUCGCACAGUUUUUGUCAAGCCUCCACCUUUCAUGAACAUAGGCGAUGGACCUCAUAAGUCUGACAAACUUAAGAGUAACCUGGCUGCAGCUAAAGCCCAGGAAUUAUUCAACAUCUUCUACAGCAGGUUUGACCAAUCGGGCACCUCCUCCAUCACCAAACCAGCGACAGACGCCAGCGCUGAUGGGAGAAGUGCCAAUAAAAGUCAGCUUCCUACCACGCAACCACCACAACCUCAGCUUCUAACUCAGUCCCAACCUCCAUCUGAGGUCUGCAAAUCUCCACAAUCAGGCUCACCAAGUCCCCAAACUCGGCCAGAAUCACUCAUUCAAAUUGAAUCCGUUUGGUCUUUGCAGCCUUCCCCAACUCCACCACCUGAGGUGGCUCCGUCUGAAACCCAGCCAAGACUGAAGCCACCAGCCCAGUCUGAGGCUCAGAGUGCACCCCAAAACCAGUCCUUGACUCCUAACGCUCAGUCCCAAACCAAGCCUGCUGAGUUGGAACCAACACCUCAAACGCAGUCCCGCCCCAAACUGGCCCCUCAAAUCCACACAGACCCCCAACCAGACCAGAACAGCCAGUCCCUGCUUCAUCUAGAGACCCUUCCUGAAACUGCUCCAGAACCUGCUCCCAAGCCAGGCCCCAAAACUAGAGGCAAGGCGACUCCGACAAAGAGAACCCCUCCUGCCCCCCGCCCUGUCCGGCAAACUAGAUCUCAAACCAGAUACCAGACCCGCCAGCAGCAGAGCCAGUCCGAGCCUGAGCCGGCUUCAGGAGAUUCUGACUCGGCAGCUUCGGACCCAAAGGGGCUGGACUCGGCCGAUCCCGGUUCAGGGUUGCUGCUGGAGGAGGGGACGCCCAGCGAGGAGGACCCUCCGCUGAUGGAGAUCACCCCCGAGACCCUGGGCCUCCCCGCAGACAUGACCUCUCUGGACUUUGAUUACAAUUUUAACUUUGAGUAACAGCUGACCUUAAAACCAGGAAGUCUCUGAUCAGUAAUCGACUGGACUAGAAAGAUGCUGACAGACUUUGAGACUUUUAAGACAUUUAAGAAACCUUGUUGUUGUCUUCUCCAGAGUCCGGGACUCGUCUCUAUAGAGUCCCAGACCCUAGAGACGUCCGGAUCUCUAGACCUGGAAUCUUUUAUUAAAAACAAGAAGUCCCCUAAAGACACAAACAUCAAAAUCCAUUUACUAAAAAGAGUUCUACGCUUCUUAACACGGUUCAGGCUGAGAACAUUUCAGGGCUGGAGGACGAUUAACGGGACAAGAAAGCUGAAAAAUGAGCAGAGUUAGAUUUAUUUUUUCAGCCGUCCCUAUAAUCUUUCUUGUAUAUUACUGGAUGAUAUUUUUAGUUUGCGACCCACAGAAAACAAAAAACACACCACAGCAAAGCACAUGUUCGGUCACCAAUGUUUCGGGGUUUUGACCAAACUGAUAUCUGACCCAACUGUGGGGAUCAAAUGUGAACGUGUCCUCAUGUCUCCUCCUGCAGGUAAAGUACCACUCCUGUUUUUCUUGUUUAUUUCUCAUCUUAUUAAAACCAGUUGGACCUAAAAGCAGCUCAGUUGUUGGUUCUCGUGUUAAACUGAAGAUCCAGGAUCUGAUUGCCGUAGAAGUGCAGCAGGUUUGUGUUGGACCUCACUGAUCUGAGGUCAGUGGUGAUGUGAGAGAAAACAAACUCGUCUCAAUGAAUCUGUUGUAGUUUCAAUAAAAGUUAAACAUCA